AUUCGUCCUUGACCCUUAUGUAGGCCGGGUCAGAAGAAACUUGUUUUUGAGGCAGUUUUGUGUAUUAGACACUAUGGCAAGACGCUUUGAAAUUUUCUACGAUGUUGUAUCACCAUAUUCCUUCAUUGGAUUUGAGAUGGCAUGUCGUCUUAGAGACACUUGGAAGAUUAACUUACUAUUAAAACCGUUUUUUUUGGGCGGUGUUAUGAAAUCUUCUGGAAACACUCCCCCAGCCAUUCAAUGCCAAACCAAGGGAAUUUACAUGAUGAAAGAUUUAGAAAAUUUAUCACGACAUUACAAUGUACCAGUCAAAAUUGAUCACGAGAACUUUGCAAAAGUUGCCUUUGAAAAAACAACUCUGAAACCCAUGAGAUAUCUUACGGCAAUUGAUAUGGCUUAUCCUCAAUUUACCGAGGAACUCUCAAGACAGUUUUGGAUAUCAUUCUUUUGUAAAAUUCAAGACAUAACAGAGCCAGACGUAAUUAGAGAAACAUCAACGAGAGCGGGACUAAACAAAGAACAAGUAGAAAAGGCUUUUGAAGAUGCUACUUCUUCUGAGACUAAAGAAAGACUAACCAGUCUCACAAAAGAAGCAGUAGAGCUCGGUGCUUUUGGAGCUCCCUGGUUUGUCAUUCAUGGAAAAGAUGGCAAACAGCAUACAGUGUUUGGAUCCGAUAGAUGGGGUGUCAUAGCUGAUAUUCUAGAUGAAGAGUAUCCCGGUCCUAUGAGAAAAUUGUCGAAAACAUAA